AUGGCUGACUCCAGUUUUAGGGCAGAAAAUGUCCAGGCUACUGCCUUCCCAAGGCCCCGGGGCUCAAGGCAUCACUUCCUCUGUCUGCCUUCACCCCGUCCCUCGGUGACCUUGACCCACCUUCUCCACGCGCUGCUGUAUGAUGACGUUCACAUGUACGUCUUCUGCACAGACUUCUGCAAACAGCAGAUGCUACCGUGUCGACCCCCCGGUUGGAGCGCUAGGCAAGAAUGUGAACCUGACCCUGAGCGGUCUGCCCGUUCCCGGUUCCCCUCCCCUGAACACUCAGCAGCAGAAACCCGAGGGCUGGCCUUCCAUCGCAGUAAGGGAGCUGUCGCCACGAUGAUGCCUGUUACCGUGCUGAUAAAGCGUCUGCCCGAGUGCUCUGUGCUUAUCUCACUACUCUUCUCCGCUUCAUCCCGAGCCGCCCCACAGGAGGAGGUUCAAAGGCCUGCUUCCUUCCGGAGCGGACCUGAGUCACCAAAGUCCACCUCCGCUCACGACCACCACCUGCACCCAGCGUCCUGCUCUCAGCCUGUGACCCAAGGCUACGUGGUGCUUUCGCAGCGCAGUAGUGCUUUCCGAAGUGCGGUCCCCAGACCGUCAGCCUCACCUUUAGCAUGUGUUAGAAAUGCAGAUUCUUGGGCUCCACCCCGAUCUACUGAGUCAGCAAAUCCAGGAAUGUCCGUGCCAAAGAGCUGCUUCGGGUACCCCUUGAGCAUCUUCUUCAUCGUGGUCAAUGAGUUCUGCGAAAGGUUCUCUUACUAUGGAAUGAGAGCACUCCUGAUCCUGUACUUCCAACGUUUCCUGGGCUGGAACGACAACCUGGGCACCGCCAUCUACCACACGUUCGUUGCCCUGUGCUACCUGACGCCCAUCCUCGGGGCUCUCAUCGCCGACUCCUGGCUGGGGAAGUUCAAGACGAUCGUGUCGCUGUCCGUCGUCUACACGAUUGGGCAGGUGGUCAUUGCUGUGAGCUCAAUUAACGACCUCACGGACUUCAACCACGAUGGGACCCCGGACAGUAUUUCUGUGCACGUGGCGCUCUCCAUGAUUGGCCUGGUCCUGAUCGCUCUGGGUACUGGAGGGAUAAAGCCUUGUGUGUCUGCAUUUGGCGGAGAUCAGUUUGAAGAGGGCCAGGAAAAGCAAAGGAACAGAUUUUUUUCCAUCUUUUAUUUGGCCAUUAAUGCUGGAAGUUUGCUUUCUACUAUCAUCACCCCCAUGCUCAGAGUUCAAGUAUGCGGAAUUCACAGUAAGCAAGCUUGUUACCCCCUGGCCUUUGGGGUUCCUGCUGCACUCAUGGCCGUCUCUCUGAUCGUGUUUGUCAUUGGCAGUGGAAUGUACAAGAAAUUCAAGCCCCAGGGGAACAUCAUGUCUAAAGUCGCCAGGUGCAUUGGGUUUGCCAUCAAAAACAGGAUUAGGCAUCGGAGUAAGAAAUUUCCUAAGAGGGAGCACUGGCUGGACUGGGCUAGCGAGAAAUAUGAUGAGCGGCUCAUCUCUCAAAUUAAGAUGGUUACAAGGGUGAUGUUCCUGUACAUUCCUCUCCCCAUGUUCUGGGCCUUGUUUGAUCAGCAGGGCUCCAGGUGGACACUGCAAGCAACAACCAUGAGUGGGAAAAUUGGAAUCAUUGAGAUCCAGCCAGAUCAGAUGCAGACGGUGAACGCCAUCCUGAUUGUCAUCAUGGUCCCCAUCGUGGAUGCUGUGGUAUAUCCUCUGAUCGCAAAGUGUGGUUUAAAUUUCACCUCCUUGAAGAAGAUGACAGUUGGCAUGUUCCUGGCUUCCAUGGCUUUUGUGGCGGCUGCCAUCGUGCAGGUGGAGAUUGACAAAACUCUGCCCGUCUUCCCCAAAGGAAAUGAAGUCCAAAUCAAAGUCCUGAAUAUAGGAAAUAAUAACAUGACCAUGUCUUUUCCCGGAACGACAGUGACAUGUGGCCCAAUGUCUCAAACAAAAGAAUUUAUGACUUUCAACGUAGACAACCUAAGUGUAAACAUUUCUUCUACUGGAUCACCAAUCGCUCCAGUAACUCAUAACUUUGAGUCAGGCCAUCGCCAUACCCUUCUCGUUUGGGCCCCAAAUAACUACCAAGUGGUAAAAGAUGGCCUUAACCAGAAGCCAGAAAAAGGGAGAAAUGGAAUCAGAUUCAUAAAUGCUUUUGGCGAGAGCUUCAACGUCACAAUGGAUGGGGAAGUUUACAACAAUGUCUCCAGUCACAAUGCCAGUGAAUAUCUUUUUUUCUCUUCUGGCAUAAAGAGCUUCACAAUAAACUCACCAGAGAUUUCACAACAGUGUGCAAAUGAGUUCAAAACAUCCUACCUUGAAUUUGGUAGUGCAUUUACCUACGUAAUCACCAGGAAGAGUGAUGGCUGCCCCGAACCAAGGGCUUUUGAAGACAUCUCCCCCAACACAGUCAGCAUGGCUCUGCAGAUCCCCCAGUACUUCCUCCUCACCUGUGGCGAGGUGGUUUUCUCCGUCACCGGAUUGGAGUUCUCCUAUUCUCAGGCUCCUUCCAACAUGAAGUCGGUACUGCAAGCAGGAUGGCUGUUGACCGUGGCUGUCGGCAACAUCAUCGUGCUUAUUGUGGCGGGAGCAGGCCAGUUCAGUGAACAGUGGGCCGAGUAUGUUCUGUUUGCGGCACUGCUUCUGGUCGUCUGCGUAAUAUUUGCCAUCAUGGCUCGAUACUAUACGUACAUCAACCCAGCAGAGAUUGAAGCUCAGUUUGAUAAGGAUGACAAGGAAGAUUACUUGGAAAAGAGUAACCAGUACCCCAAGCUGGACUCCAUCUCACAGACACAAAUGUGA